AACUUGGGGCACCUCCCAGCAUGGAAACCUACACAUCAUCACGGCCAUUGCUUGUUUUCUGAUCACAACUGUCUCAAAUGAUAGCAUCUGUGCUUACAGAUAUCCAUAUGCUGCAAGGAAAAAACAGACAGGUAACAGUUUAAAAGUGGCUGUGUAAUUUCCUUCACUUGCAAGUGCUCCAGUGCCAUUCUGAUGAAAAGAAGUCCUUACCAGCAGCUGGACAUGGUCGCGGCCCGUGCUCUGCUCCUGGUCGUGUUCCUCGCCUCCCUGUGGCCAUCGCUGCGAACUAGGGACAUUGGCAGUUCGACUGGGAGAACCCGCAGGCUAUCGUCUAGUGUGUCGCCGGAAAAAGGCGAAUUGGUCUCACAUGGCCCUCCUUCCGCGAACACCACCGGUGCCUGGGAUUCGCGGAGACCCGCUUAUGAUGAGUCAGACAAUGCGGGGCGCUCCUCCAUCGGAGGAGUGACCGUCCAAGGCGACAGGAGGUACGGCGGCGGUUUGCGCGGAAGAAGUGACGGUCGCGGAGGCAGAAGGCGCUAUGGAGGAAGAGACGACAGUUUGAGCAAUGUGAGGCAUGGAGGAAGUGAUGACCGCGGUGGAAAUGAUGACUGGGGAGCAGGUGAUGACAACAGAGGAAGUGACGACAGAGGAGGAAGUGACGAUUGUGGAGGACAUGGAAAUGACGAAUGGGGAGGAAGUGACGACUGCAGACACAAAGUAUUGCAUGGAGGAAGCGACGACCAAGGAGACAAAGGGUGGUACGGAGGAAGUGGCGACCAAGUGGACAAAGGGUGGCACGGAGGAAGUGAUGACCAAGGGGACAAAGGGUGGCACGGAGGAAGUGACGACCGAGGGGACAAAGGGUGGCACGGAGGAAGUGACGACCGAGGUGACAAAGGGUGGCACGGAGGAAGUGACGACCGAGGGGACAAAGAGUGGCACGGAGGAAGUGACGACCGAGGGGACAAAGAGUGGCACGGAGGAAGUGACGACCGAGGUGACAAAGGGUGGCACGGAGGAAGUGACGACCGAGGGGACAAAGAAUGGUACGGAGGAAGUGACGACCAAGGGGACAAAGGGUGGCACGGAGGAAGUGACGACCAAGGAGACAAAGGGUGGCACGGAGGAAGUGACGACCAAGGAGACAAAGGGUGGCACGGAGGAAGUGACGACCGAGGGGACAAAGGGUGGCACGGAGGAAGUGAUGACCGAGGGGACAAAGGAUGGCACGGAGGAAGUGACGACCGAGGGGACAAAGGAUGGCACGGAGGAAGUGACGACCAAGGGGACAAAGGGUGGCACGGAGGAAGUGACGACCGAGGGGACAAAGGGUGGCACGGAGGAAGUGAUGACCGAGGGGACGAAGGAGGGCACGGGGGAACUGAAGACCAAGUGGACAAAGGGUGGCGUGGAGGCAGUGGCUCGGACGGAGGAGGUCAUAGGGCAGUUAAGAAGGUUGGCAGUCACCGUACAGCAAAAGACAGACACAGCAGCGAGUUGCAAGGGGGAAAUAAAGGCGGCGACGGCCAGAAAGGCAAAGGAAAAAAGGGCGGGAAGAAGCGCGUCGGAAAUCGCCGGCGAAAAAGCAACGCACAGUCUUAAGCUAGGAGCAACGGGAGGAAGGACGAGAAGAACACCAGUGCGGCAGUGCCUGAAAAGCAAAAUCAAUGCUGUCGCAAUCGGACGUCAUAUGAAACGAACGGAGACAAUCAGCUAGGCAGUGGCGAAGACAAGAGGAAACAUCGCGUUCGAAAAAAAAAAAGAAUGAAUACUCAUUUGCCCGAGGUGGUUCAGCUUGUCAACAGCUCACAUCGACUAAUGAUCAUUUAUCAUUAAGAACCUCGUCGUGUUGUGGGCACUGUUUACAACAACGAAAAGCAUAACACGCCUAAUUGAAACACUAGUCUACAAUACUGAGCUGCCAAAAAAUCACUUGUGUACUCAGUUUUCAAGAAAUAUAUGUGCGUUAUAGUUCCGUU